GAGUAGGGGCGGGUCUUCCCGGAAUCCAGGUGGGAAAAAUAAUAACGCGUCGGGUGAUUUGGCUGACGCAGCUCAACAUCCCGGUAAGAAAAUCAUAGUAGGUUGAGUCAGUUCAUCUGGAAUCGGUUCAUCUGGAUCCGAUUCCAGGUGAACUGAUUCAACCUACUUUGAUUUGUGCCCAAAUGAAGUGGUUUUGACGUCAUCAGUCACGUGACUAUUCUAGGACCAAAGCCUUUGCGCGCUAAUUUAGCCUAGCGAGUUAGACCCGCGUUUCCGGUGCCUUGGUGUAAAACGUAACGUGACGAAAGGCUCCACGUAGACUCGGAGGCUCUGAGAGUGAACUACGGGACAUGAAGUCUGAGCUCGUUCAGGGGACGGGAUGUUUACCGGCGCUUUAGUGCCACGCUGUGAGAGACUCGCACAGCCGAGUCUGAGCUGGACCAGCUCAUGAGGAGUUGUCUGUUUUUUUUGUCGACAGAGCGGCUUUAUUCAGUAAUACCAGUUUGAGCUGAAUUCUGCAUCUGAUCUUUUGUCAGAGGAUUCCACCUCCGAACUUCGGACAGAAACUCCGAGACUGGGGAAGGCUGUACCCAAGUGGCACAAUGGAGGACUUCAGCAGGCUGGAUUUAUGGCUUCACCUGGCAGAGAACUGCAUCCUCACCACCAUCCAGCAGGCAGUAGAGCAAGUUUGGCUGCUGCUACUGCUCUGUGUGCUCUGCCGCCUGUGUCUCAGGCUACCAAUCCCUUCCACUGCAAAACACAUGGUCUCCGUGGCAACUGGGAUGUACGCCGUCUACCAGUUUUUUGAGCUUCAGAUGCUCUGGGUGCUCUCGCUCAGUAUACUGUGCUACCUGGUCCUGUUUCUCAACUGCCGCUCCAGCAGAAGAGGGCUCUUCCUCUCAGGAACCAUCCUUGUCUACCUCCUCAUGGGGGAGCUUCAUUUCAUCGACCCGGUGACCUGGCAUCACAUGAGAGGCUCUCAGAUGGUGGUGGCCAUGAAGACCAUCUCUCUAGCCUUCGAUCUCGACAGAGGGGUGGUGCCCACCCUGCCCUCCCCAGCAGAGUUUCUGGGCUACACUUUCUUUGUGGGCACAGCUGUCUUUGGUCCCUGGAUUAGUUUCUGCAGCUACAAGGAUGCCAUCGAGAGCAAGACGCUUAGCUGGACAUGGCUGCUGAAGUCCUCCCUCAGUCUGCUGAAGAGCCAGGUGUGCUUGGUGGUCUCCAGCUGCAUCGCCCCCUACCUCUUCCCUUAUUUCAUCCCCAUCCAUGGAAACAGUUUCACGCGCAAAUGGCUCCAUGCGUAUGAAAACGCCGUGUCCUUCCACUUCAGCAACUACUUUGUGGGUCACCUCAGCGAGAGCACGGCGAUGCUGGCUGGAGCAGGCUUCACCGAUGACAAAGAAAACACCAAGUGGGAUAUGACAGUGGUGAAGCCCCUUCACGUGGAGCUGCCUCGGUCCAUGGUGCUGGUGGUGACCUCCUGGAACAUGCCCAUGUCUCGCUGGCUGAACACAUAUGUCUUCAAAACUGCCUUGAGUCUUGGGACAUUCCCUGCUAUCCUUGUGACGUACACAGCAAGUGCUUUACUGCAUGGUCUGAGUUUCCACCUCGGAGCCGUUCUCCUGUCUUUGGGGUUCAUCACAUAUGUUGAACACGUUCUGAGAAAAAGGCUUGCGUCCAUUUUCAGUGCGUGUAUCCUCUCCAGACCAUGCUCUUCUGGCUGCAAACACCAGAACAAGAAGGAGCACUGGGUGAUGAUGCUCAACCUGCUCUUCAGUUUGCUGACCAUCUUCCAUCUUGCAUACCUGGGCUCCAUGUUUGAUGCUGAUGUUGACAACCAAGCAUUAGAAGAGGGUUACGUGACCAGCCACACCAUCCAGAAGUGGUCCGAGCUGAACUGGGCGAGUCACUGGGUGGUCCUCUUCAGUUGGAUCUUCUACCGCUUAAUGCAGUGAUUUUAUUAAUUGAAGAGGCGGAUUGGCAGAGACCAGGAUCAGUUUACUGAAAGAGCAGGUGUUACGUAGACCAGAUCAGAAAGCGGUCUAGUUUUGACUGACUCUGUUGCUUUUCUCUGAUCACUUGUAUAGAAGGGUAGAAGACAGUGUUUUUAUAAAAUGUUCACAGGGAAGGAGAUACGGAAAACUAGAACAGAAUUCCUGCCAGGAGCUUCACUGAGGUAUAAUCCCUGGUGUCUGCAUCUUCACUGGUGGAGGAUAGUUUUGUAAAGCUGGUAGGGACUAAGGUACUGAUCAAGCUCUCCAGAGCUCCAACAGCUGCCCUUGUUUGGUUUUCAUCUAUCAGUGGUCUUUGGGUUUAGCAAGCUGAACAAGGGGUUGUUGGGAUUAUGUAUUGAUAUCGAGUUGAUUUUGUAUGCUUUGACCAUUAUCUUUGAUGACUAAAAUUGUUUCAAGUCAUUUGUAUAUGUAGAAAUACUUUUUUAAAGUUCUUAACUGUAUACUCGUGUUCUCGUGCCACGACAGUGUUAUAUUUUUGUAUGUGAUGGGUUUGUUUUUAUUCAACAUUAAAAAAAAUUU